CAUGAACAACCCUGUCAACUGGCACAAAAACACUGGCUUGCAAUAUUGCAAAUUUAUGAAAACCAAGUUAGAUUGUCUUAAUGGAAUUUACUGCGAAGGCGCACCCGGUGGCGAGGACAUUAAAGCGAACAUCGAUCAGCUGGACGACGCUCUUACGUAUUACACUGAAUGGGGGAUAUGCAACAAUAAAGUUUCAGAGUCUCUAGGCCCGUGUCAUUUGGCCACCAUCCGGGAAAAGUGCGUCCACGACACAGUUUUUCGCAUGCGUUCGAAAUAUUCGGUGCCGUGCGUAGAGACAUGGAGACUGUUGGAUUGCAUCUACGAGGCUCAAUUAAAUCCCGAAUGCUCCUCUCCUCACAUUUUCGAUCCCAGAAAUCUAGUUCCGUAUAAACAACUGGCAGCCGGCACGUGUCGCUACGAACCCAUGUCACAGGAAUUGCAGGAUGCGGGUGAUAAGUGGCGCAAGAACCACCCAGAUGGGUACUCUCAGUGCGGCAGUAUCUGAAUCGAUUCCCGACCAAUCAACUCGAUAAGCACGCCUGCAAAAUUAUAGUAGUAUAUCCAUUCGUUCAUUAGUAUAAUUCAAAGUAUCUAAUAGUUCCAAUAAAAUAUAUCAGCAUAAAA